AUGCUCCUUGAGAAUCAUGGGGCACUCUCGUUGGGAAAGACCCUUCGACGACCGAUCAUGACUACUGUGAGGGACUUGGAGCACCAGGGACCUUCUGCGACUUUAACGCGUCUUGUUACGCAUACGAUGAGAGCGAUGGGCUCGAAGAUGCAGGGAAGAAGGGUGCUGUCGAAUGCAGCUCGUUCGAACACCACUCCCUCGACCCCUUCACCGCAACCACAGGCUCGGACCUGGGACCCGAAUAAUGCCAUUGUGUUCAGCGGAAGAUGGACCCCAAAGGAUGGCAUCGUAUUUAGAUCAGCGGCUGGGCCAUCAAGGUCCUUGAGUACAUCUGCCAUGGAGAAGAUCGAGCAGGACCAUCUCCUACAUUCGCACGCCGAGGAUAAUUAUGUAAUGGCACCUGCCAGCACUUCUUUACUGGAUGACUGUCAGUCGUGCACUAAACCCAAAGCUUUGGCGACAGUCUCGUCAACAGUACAUGUCGCGAAAGCAAAGAGCAAAGCCGUGGGGGUCGCAGAGGCGAUGUCUACAAAUAAGUCUACAAGGUCGGGAGAUGCCUUCAAGAAAUUGAAAGCUGGGACUGCGGUAGAGUUGAGUGAGACCGCUGAAUUGCAGAGAAGUAAUGUCUGCGAAAGCCCGGAGUACCCCAACGAUCUCGACGAGGCCAGCGCGAAGGACUUAAGCGUUCUGAUAGAUUUCAAGGAGCCAAAAGAUUACGAGCCAGAACCAGAGGAUCCCAAGUACAACGAGCCUCACGAAACUACUACCGCUUACAAAAUGGACCCUGAGCUCUUUCGCCAAGCCAAAGAUGCCAAACCCUCUUCGAAGGAAUCGUACUGGUCAUACGCUCUCUACCGUGGCCCAGAAAUGGUCAACGGAAGAUAUGACAGCCCCAGAGUUCAUUACUGCAAAAGCCUCCAAACCUCGGAAAAGGCCCUGAAGGAACAUUUCACAGACGCAAAAGUCAUCGGUUUCGACAUCGAGUGGAAGGAGAAAGGAUUGAGAACUGCUAGAGAUCAGGUUUCACUAGUACAGAUAGCGAGCGAGUCGCGAAUUGCGCUGAUGCACGUGGCGGCAUUUCCGGUCAAGGACGGAGUGAGGAAGGAUCUUGUCCCUCCUACGCUAAAGAAAAUCAUGGAGGAUCCCUCGAUUAUCAAAGUUGGAGUUGCGAUCAAAGGCGACUGCACACGCGUAAAGAGAUGGCUAGGCAUUGACUCACGGAGUCUUAUCGAGCUCAGUCAUCUCUACAAACUAGUGAAGUUCUCCCGGAGCAAGGAAUUCGCAUCUAUCAACCGCACUCUGGUAUCGCUUGCUACGCAGACGAAAGAGCACUUGCAUCUUCCAAUGUUCAAAGGAGAGGUGAGAAUCAGCGAUUGGCGUCAACCUCUGACGAUGGAACAAGUUCAGUAUGCGGCCAGCGAUUCUUACGCAGGGCUUCAGCUAUAUCACACCUUGGAGAUGAAAAGGGAAAUGCUAAGCCCCACGCCCCCGAGGCCGCAUUUUGCGGAAUUGGGGUUGGCCAUUCGCUUUAAUGAUGGCUUGGAAAUCCCGAGCGGGGACGAUGCAGAGGAUGUCGUUGUUGACGUAGACGCGAAGAAGGAAAAGGUGAAGAGGAAAUAUACCAGUAAGGCGGCUGCAAAAGAUUUUGGCAGUUUUGAGGCAAAGGAAAGUGAUAAGAUGAGCGAGGCCACGCUCGCUACUGGGGAUCAUGGCAACCUACCCCACCAGCAAAGUAGUAGCCCGGCACUGCAGUCGAAGAAACACGAGAGUAUUGGGAGGAUUGGAGUGGACAUGAUGAGGAUUGGGUUUGAUGAGGAUUGGAAGUUGUCUAGGAGGAUACCCUGUACCGAAUUGCGCAACGACAACUUCAAGCUUAUCGCAACCAUGGACAAUGCCAACUUCAUUCCGAUCGGCGAGGGCAGGACUGCUGAAAAUUCCGGCCCUAUUCAUGAAGAGCCGAAGGAAAAGGAAACCGAAUGGGGGCCGGAAAUCAUUGGAAAGACGCCAGCGGAGAGGAAAGCAAUUGCCCGCGAUAUCCGAUUGAAGCUCCGCAAGGAGAGGAAACAGGCCAAGUCUGCGGCUAAGGCCGCGAGGAAGGUCAAUGGACUCCUUCACAGAGAAUUGAGCAAGAAUACGGAGAAGUACAACAAGAAUAAAGAUCUCAAUAAGCAGCGAGCUAUAGAUGUCGAGCGCCUGAAGAUCCGUGACGCAGCUGUCCGACAAGUUGAGCGUCUAGCAGCCAUCCACGACCCGAGCGGCAAGACGUUCAAUGUUGGUGAGAUCAUAACAUUACCAGGCGGGAUCAUCAAGACAAAGGAGGCACUUCGAAAAGCCGCUGAGGCAGCCGAGCAGAAGGAGAGAGAGGAAGCAGGGAGGAAAGCAGCCGAACUGCGGUACAAGAAUGCCGAAUUAGCUGUCAAGUUGGAGGCCGAAGAAGCCCAAAAGGCCGCUGAAGAAGGACGACCCGUACCGACCAGAUUCCCGGCUAAGGAAGCCCUGAAGGAAAUGAAGCGGCCGAAACGGAUUAGCAAAAAAAAGCUCCAGAGACAGGAGAUGCUGAAGAGGCUCCAGGAAACCCCGCCGAAACCAAUCAUUCCUGCGGGAAUCAGCUUACCCGAGGGAGAGGAAAACAUGCUCGCGCUGUGGGAUAUUCCGGACACGGACAUCAUGAAGCGCCUGCGUGAGCAGAAGAAGCAGAAGAUCUUGGCCCGGAAGGAUCUUAAGAAAAUUAAGAAGGAGGCUAAGAAGCUGAAGAAGGAGCUCAAAAUCAGGAAGAGGCAAGCCGAAAAAGAAGGAAUCGUGUUUGAUAAGGCGAAGGCGAGGAAGGAGAUUCUGGCUGAGCAGGCUGCUCUUCAAGCGCAGAUGGCUGACGCCAGAGCCUCGCGUGCUGGAACCAAGUCGGAUGAUGAUGCUAAGAUUGAGCAGGGUGAAGAGGACAAAGUAGUGGUCCCAGAGAAGCCUCCAGCGAACUUGCAGAAACUUGACCCUGGACUGGUUGAGAAAGCUGCCGAGAUCGAGAGAGCACACGAGGCGAAGAAGCUUGCUGAGAGGGCGAAGAGGAGACAAGAGCGCAGAGAGAAGCAAACUGAAGUAGAGGGGAAGGCAGAGGCUGAUGCUAAGAAUGCCAAGAAGGCAAGGAAGGCUGCCAGAAAGGCGGCUAGGCUAGAAACUGCUGAGAGUAGCGGAGGCGACUCAUCUUCGAAGAAGCGUAAGCGAGACGAGGCUGAAGAUGAUGGGGGGAUGGAAGCUGCGCAGGAGGUCAAGGGGGAUAAGUCACAUAAGAAGAAAAAGUCCAAGUCUGAGAGGGCAGUCCAGGAACCUGAGGUCGACAAAGUAGAGAUUGAGACUGAGACUGAUAGCAAGAAGCGGGAGAAGAAGGCGAAGCGUGAAGCAAAGGCACUCCAGGCAGCAGAGGAGGAGGCAUCUCGAGAAAUGACCGAGGCAAAUCCACCAAAAAAGGACAAGAAGUCCAAGAAGGGGAGCGGCGACGGAGAUAAGCCAAGUCACGGCGCAGAGCAAUGGCAUCCGGAAGCUUUGAGUGGUGAUGCAGCGCGGAAAGACAAGUUCCUUCGCCUCUUGGGUGCUGGCAAGGAGGCGAGCAAGGCGACGGAGAAAGAGGGCAAGAAGAGCACGAAGCGUCCCGAAGUCGACAUUGAUAAGAUAGCCGCGGACCUGGAGCGUCAAUUCGAGGCAGGGACUAAGAUGAAGCACGAUGGUGGUGGAAAGAGACGUGGAUUGGGCUCGUAG